AUGUCUCCACCAGCGACACGAUACAAAAGAAAAUACGACUAUCUCUGUACGCAAACACAAUGCCGAAUAUGCCUCUCUCACUGUUUGAAAACCGGGUCUUCUUUGGGUGCCCCUUUAGACGAAAUCCAGAAUCCGGAAAUCCAAGUUGUCGAGGCUCUGGAAUUGCUCGCCAACGAAACUGUACCCAGAGGUGCAAAUUAUCCAGAUACGGUUUGUAGAAUGUGUUUUGGGUUUUUGAAGAUUGCUUAUGAUUUGAUUGCCCAGUUUAAAAAGUCUAAGGAAAUUCUUUCUGGACAACUAAAUAAAGCUGUAGAACAAUUUGUGAUUGAUAUUGAGCCAAAAGGAAAUAUUUCAAAACAACCAAAGGAAUCUGAAGAAGAGUUUUCAGAUGAUAUUAUUGUUAAUAAUGAACUUGUAGAAGAGGCACCAAUUAGAACUAACAAAGAUGUUAAAGCUCCUGUAGAAUUAUUUGUAGGCACUCAAAAAUUUGAUAUCAAAGAAUUAUGUGUCAUUGAAAGCGAAGAGGAAGACGAUUUAUUCACUUUUGAUGGCUUUUUACAAAACCUUGGCACAACAAUUACUGCAACUUUUGUUGAAAAAGGAUACCACAAACCUAAACUUCAAGUAGAAGCACCAUCUUUAGUAAUUGAGAAAAUCAUACAAGAAGAAAUACCAGAUGAACCUGACAAUGACGAUGAGAAUCAUGAUGAUAUUCCAUCAGAUCCUCCACCAGAUCCUCGAGCAGAUCUAAUAUUCAAAUUAGAAAAAUCUUUAGAUCCUAAAUAUGAAGAUGAAACCAUUUUCAUGAAUGAACCUAACAUGAAAGCUUUUGAUAGUUUAGUGUUGUCAAAUGAAAAUGAAAAAUCUGCAAUCCGAUCUGCAUUAAAAUUAAAUUUUAAAUGUCCUUAUUGCUUAAAGCCAAUAUCUACCCUAGCAAGAGCUAAAAAACACAGUCGUAAAUGUAAUAAAAACACACAAGAUGUUCAUUGUUACGUUUGUGAUGUUAGUUAUAACAAUCGUAUACAACUUUUAACUCACAUCAAAGAAAGUCAUAUGAAUGAAAUAAAAUAUUUUGAUGACGCACCAAACUACUUACCAUCAGAAAAGGAUUACAAAUGCCAUAUUUGCGAUGAAAUUUUUGAAAAUCGAAAAAAAUUAAUUUAUCAUAUAAAAAAACAUAGUGGUAGAAACUAUGGUUGUGAUAAAUGCGACAAAAAAUUCUUCACGCAAGACAAUGCCACAAAGCACGCGAAGACUCACAACAAGGAUCAAACUGCGGUCAUAUGUCAAAUUUGCGGCAAAGGAUUUCAUUAUAAAACUGCUUUGUAUUAUCAUUUGAAAAUACAUGCUGGCGAAAGAAAUUUACAGUGCAGCUAUUGUCCAAAAAGAUAUUAUACUACAAAUUCAUUAAAACGUCACGAACUCGCUCAUACUGGUGAGAGGCCAUACUCCUGCGAGUUUUGUGAUAAAAAAUUCAGAUCUGUAGGCGAAACGAAAAAACAUCAACUUGCGCACACUGGUGAACGUCCUCACAAAUGUAAAUAUUGUGGCUCUGGCUUUACUUCCAAGUAUAAUCUUAAAUUACACAUGCAUAGUCAUCAAGGGAAAUAUGAGUGCAGCUAUUGCCACAAAGGUUUCGUAGAUAGUGAUAUUUUGAAGUUCCAUUUGCAAAAAAGUCAUCGAGGAGAGCUAGAAAGACUUAAAAUUGAAGAAGCUCAGGCUGAUGAUAUUGAAGAUUCAGAUUAUUAUCCAAAAGAGUCAGCAGAAGUUGCAGAGGAAGUGCCUAUUGAGGAUUCAGAUUAUUAUGCAACAGAUUUAGUUGCAGAAGAAGUGCCUAUUGAAUAUUCUGAACAGCUUUUUGAAGGUGAAUAUGAAGGCAAUGAAGCGGUUGUAGUGGAAAACAUUUAUAAUUAA